UUUCAGUACAGUUUUCUAAUUGCAUCAUAGUCUUGCUGUCUAAUGCUAGCUUAAUGUGCCUGUUGAGUAUCAAAUCAUUGUCAAUGAUGAUUUUAAAUUAAAGAUCUGUCUUGCAAAUGUUAAUUUGGCGAUUGGAUCUCUUGUUUGGGUGGAGGAUCCUGAGGUAGUUUGGACGGAUGGAGAAGUUGUAGGAGUUAAUGAUGAAGAGAUUGAAAUAAACUGUACAUCCGGGAAGACGGUUUUUGAGCAUUCCACUACAUUGGUUUCGGAGUUGGAAUGGGGGUCGUAGAGGCAUUGCAAAAUUUGGAGUCUUCGAGAACAAUCGCUUCACUUAAUGGUAGUCAUUCUGAUGUAAUAUUGGGACGAUUGCCCAUGGAAAAUGGAGAGUGCUCUUUCCAUUCCCAGUCACCUAAGUUAAAGAGGCGCAUAAUCUCUGCUGUUCGUGAUUUCCCCCCGGGAUGUGGACGAUUUGCUCAGAUAAACAAUUUGAGACCUGAUAAGGAGGCGACUUCUGUGGUUGAGAGUGUACCAACAGAAAGUUUGAUUCAUGGGGAUAAAAAUGGCGAUGGACAUGGGGUUGAUAAGAUGAUGCUCUCAAAUGGUCACGAAGAUGAGACUGACUUGAAUCGCAAGGACAUCAAUACUGUGGAGACAAUUGAAUCAGUAACAGCCUUAGAGCAUGAAAUAUCUGAUUCUCCGAAGAAUCUACAUCAGUUAAACAAUUUGAGAUCUGUUGAAGAGGCCGCUUCUGUUGGUACUGCCGAGGCUUUGAUUAGCAGGGGUAAGAAUGGUGAUGGACAAGGGAUUGAAAAGCUGAUGGUCUCUACUGGUCAGGUGGAUGAGACUGUCUUGAUGAAUGGUAAGGCUCCUGGUACUGUGGACGCAGUUGAAUCUUUAACAACCUUAGAGCAUGAAGUAUCUGAUUUGUUGAAGAACCCAAAUCAGCUUGGUGUGGCUAGUCCAAAUGAAGAUAUGGUUGCUGUUCCACCAGAUAUAAAUGUUUGUUCACCAUUUGUUUCUAAUGGCAAUGGUGUGGACAAGAUUGCAGUUAAAAAAUAUCCUCCUCGAAGAAGAGUAUCAGCUGUUCGGGACUUCCCUCUUCUCUGUGGAAGAAAUGUUUCUCUGGAAGAAAGGAAUUUUGGUCAAGAGAGGUCGGCUGUAGGUGACAAACCAUCAUCAUCUAACACACCGAAAACUAGUGUGAAACAAAUAGGAGAGGAUGUUCGGGAUGACAAGUUUCACAAGAGCGAUUUGGAAGUGAAUGUUUCUAAAGUAAUUGGGGAGGUUCAACCCAACUGUAAGGAGAAUACUGUUCAAGAAAUGGAGAAACAAGAUGAAUGUAAGGUAAAUUCUAAGAUGAAUGUGGUUUCGAAAGAUACAAAGAAAAAGUGCAUUGAACCUUCUCAAGAAAGCAAUGGAUGUCAAGGUGUGGGGGAUGUUGGAUAUUCGGAGGAGAAAGUGGGGAAGGAGAUGGUAGUAUACCAUGAGAAGGAAAUUCCAGGCGAGAAAUGUUUAGAUGAAUGUGAGGUAAAUUCUAAGAUGAAGUUGGUUCCAAAAGAUACAAGAAAAGAGUGUAUUGAACCUUCUCAAGAAAACAAUAGAUGUCAAGGCCCGGGGGAUGUUGGACAUUCAGAGGAGCUAGUGGGGAAGGAAAUUGUGGUAUACCAUGCGAAGGAAAGUCCAAGUGAAAAAUGUUUAGAUAUAUCUAAUUUUCAUAACCAAUUGCAUGAAGAAGAUUUUGAAAGUUCAGAACUUACAUCGGAUAGGGUGAUGGUGAUGGGUUUGAUGGCUGCCUCAAAUUGUCCGUGGAGGAAGGGAAAAGAGGUCUGCAAGCAUAAAACAGAAGGUGGUAUGAGUAGAAGCAAACGAAAGAAACCUGAUUUUAAAUGUCAGCUAGAAAGAUCUAAAACUGCGUCCAGGAAAAAAGUUGACUCGGACAUUGGAGGAAAGUCUAAAAAGAAGGUUCAUCCUGUAGCACGAAAGAAUGCUUACCAAGGCUCAAAUCAACUUGUUAUAUGGGAUACAGAGAAUUCUCUUGAGAAUGACCAGAAGGAAGACCUUCAUAAGACUCCAAGAUCAUGUUGUUCUGAUGUAUGCCCUCCUCCUUUUGGUCUUAGUAGUUCAACUAGCAAAGUUCAUGAUAAUGACCAAACUGUCACCCGAAACAAGGUGAGGGAGACAUUGCGUCUGUUCCAAGCUCUUUGUAGGAAGUUCUUGCAGGAGGAAGAAGGUAAGUCAAAGGAAGGAGGAAGUUCUCGCAGGAGGAUUGAUUAUGCAGCGGCAAAGAUUCUGAAGGAUAAAGGAAAAUAUGUAAAUAUAGGGAAACAAAUCUUGGGGCCUGUCCCGGGUGUUGAAGUUGGUGAUGAGUUUCAUUACAGAGUGGAACUUACUAUAGUUGGCCUUCAUCGCCAGAGUCAAGGUGGUAUAGACUAUGUGAAGCAUGGUGGCAAGGUCCUUGCAACUAGUAUAGUUGCAUCAGGUGGUUAUGCUGAUGAUUUGGAUAAUUCAGAUUCCUUGAUUUAUACGGGCCAAGGAGGAAAUGUGAUGAAUACUGAUAAGGAACCUGAAGAUCAGAAGCUUGAACGGGGAAACCUUGCUUUGAAGAACAGUCUGCAUGAAAAGAAUCCUGUUAGAGUGAUCCGUGGCUCUGAAUCUUCUGAUGGAAAAAGUAAGACAUACGUCUAUGAUGGAUUAUAUUUAGUAGCUAAAUGUUGGCAGGAUGUGGGGUCUCAUGGUAAGCUUGUUUUCAAGUUUGAACUGGACAGAAUUCGAGAUCAACCAGAGCUUCCCUUGAAAGAAGUCAAGAAGUCCAAAAAAUCUCGAGUACGGAUAGGUCUGAAUACCAUAGAUGAUGAGAAACCUCCACCAUUUGUAUACAUAACCAACAUGAUAUAUCCUGAUUGGUGCCGCCCAAUCCCUCCCAAGGGUUGUAGCUGUACUGUUGCAUGCUCAGAUUCUGAGAAAUGUUCUUGUGCAGUUAACAACGGAGGUGAGAUCCCAUAUAACUUUAAUGGCGCUAUUGUUGAAGUAAAGCCACUAGUGUAUGAGUGUGGUCCUUCUUGUAAGUGCCCUCCUUCUUGUUAUAAUAGAGUUAGCCAGCGUGGUAUCAAAUUUCCGCUUGAAAUCUUUAAAACUGAAUCAAGGGGUUGGGGAGUGAGAUCCCUAAAUUCCAUUCCUUCAGGAAGUUUUAUAUGUGAGUAUAUAGGAGAGCUCCUUGAAGACAAGGAAGCUGAAGAAAGAACUGGUAAUGAUGAGUAUCUGUUUGAUAUCGGGAAUAACUACAAUGACGGUUCUCUUUGGGAUGGACUUUCAACCCUCAUGCCCGAUGCACAGUCAAGUUCUUAUGAAGUUGUGGGGGAUGGUGGAUUUACCAUUGAUGCAGCACAAUAUGGCAAUGUGGGAAGAUUUGUCAACCAUAGUUGUUCCCCUAAUCUCUAUGCCCAAAAUGUCCUCUAUGAUCAUGAUGAUACUAGAAUUCCUCACAUUAUGUUCUUUGCCGCCGAGAACAUUCCUCCCUUGCAAGAGUUGACUUAUCAUUACAAUUAUAUGAUAGAUCAGGUUCGUGAUUCUGAUGGCAAUAUAAAGAAGAAGAGUUGCUAUUGUGGUUCUGCAGAGUGUACCGGCAGGCUGUAUUGAGUCAGACUUAAGAGGACAAUUGUGAGUUACUUACAAGAGAUAAAGUUCUGGUGGGAAUAUAGUUUGCUUGAAAGGAGGAUAUUGAUAACCUAAUUUUGAAGGCCCAAGGUAUCUCGACACGGUGACACAUAUCAGUAGCAAGAUUUACAUUUUAAACGACUUUGACCUGAAAAUCAGGGGUUUUUUAUGGAGUAAUCUUGUUCGUUUAUGUCAGUCUUGAAGUCGGACCAUCUGCUGUACUUUGGAUUUAACAUCUUUGAUGGUGUUUGUUUUGCUGUCAUGGAACUUCUCAAUCAAGUGAUCAUGUUUGUAGUACUUUUUGGAUUGGAUAUAAACUUUUAUGUUUAGAUGAUCGUUCUUGGGGCCAGCUUGUGCAAUUUAUUGAAGUUAAUAAUCAAUUUAAGGACCACCUGCUCUCAAGCAAUUCUGUGUGAAAAGGCUAUUUGAAUACAAGGCCAACCUCUUUUUAU